UCAUUAGGUUGUUUAGAAUUUUCUCUAUUAUAUGAUUCUGUUAAUAACGCCUUAUAUUGUACUAUAGUCAGAGCUAAGGGUUUAAAAGCUAUGGAUUCUAAUGGUUUAUCAGAUCCUUAUGUUAAACUUCAUCUUCUACCUGGUGCCAAUAAGUCAACAAAAUUACGAACCAAAACAAUCCAUAAAACAUUAAAUCCAGAAUGGAAUGAAACUUUGACGUAUUAUGGUAUUACCGAAGAAGAUGUGGUCAAAAAGACAUUGAGAUUAUCUGUGUUAGAUGAGGACCAUUUUGGGUUUGAUUUUAUUGGUGAAACUAGAGUUCCAUUAAAAAAACUGAAACCACAUCAAACAAAAGCCUUUAAUGUCUACUUAGAAAAAACAUUUCCAGUAAAGAAAGAUGAUGAUUUAAUAGCUAUCAGAGGAAAGAUAUUAUUAUCAUUACGAUAUGCUACAUCUAAACAAUCUCUAAUAGUUCGUAUAAUACGCUGUGCUGAACUAGCCUCUAUGGAUUCUAAUGGUUACUCAGAUCCUUAUGUUAAAGUAUAUUUAAAACCUGAUAAAGAUAAGAAAUCUAAAUAUAAAACAUCAGUCAAGAAAAGAACGUUAAACCCUGAAUUUAAUGAGGAAUUUGUGUAUGAAAUCAAACAUAAUGAAUUACCUAAAAAAACAUUAGAAGUUACAGUAUGGGAUAAAGAUAUUGGAAAAGCAAAUGAUUUUAUUGGAGGGGUACAGAUAGGUAUUAAUGCUAAAGGUGAAAGGUUACGACAUUGGUUUAACGCCUUGAAGAAUCCAGACCGUGAAUUCCGACAGUGGCAUAUAUUAUCAGCUGAAUUAACUCCUGAGGUUUAUACGUCAUCCUAACCAUUCUUUCACGUCUGUUUGUUGUAAUCAAGUUACCAUGUUUUCCCGAUGAAUAUUAAACCUCCAUCAUCCUGAAUGUUAAAAUAUUACGUUCAUAUGUAAGAAAAAAUUCAUUUAGAAAUAGAUAGUUAUCAUCCAUCAUCAACACUAAAUACAGGGCGCUUCAUGGGAAUAAUGAAGAGACUUCCACAGCUUCUUAUAAGGAAUAGUGCAAUAGUGUUAUUUUAGCCAUCAUUUAAUUUCAACAAUAAUUGAUUAAAUGGGUAUACGAUUAUAUUUGGAAUUGUUAAGAAAUGGAUUGUUGAAGAAAUAAUUAAAUAUACUGCCUGUUUAAUUUGGAGCUUGUAGCUAGAUUUUUCACAACUCCAAAGCUUAAUUUAAUAUUGUUAAGGUAAAUUUGAAUUGCCACUUGUGAAAUCCUGUAAUCACCAAAAUUUUUGGAGAAAAGAUGAUUCCCUAGAAUUCUAUGAACCAAAAUCAAAUUUAUUUUUGAACUUGGAAUGAUCAAUGAAAAAAAAAAGGAUUCAAAUAUGAAAUUAAGCUUGGCAUAAUUUUUGUGUAUAAUUUUUAAGUUACUUAUAUCUUGAAUUACAAUGUUAAUGCCAUGUUUUGAAAUAAAAGAAAUAUCUUUGUAAAUUUGAUAAAUGUGAUAAAAAUUUCCAAAUACAAUAUUUAUGGUAUAAAAGUUUGGAAAAUUAUUAAUACCCUUUCGUUUCGAUCUCACAAUCAAAUUGUUCAAGUUGUUGCAACAUGAAUUCUUUUGAAAUGUGAGAAUUUAUUUUACAGAGAUAUUUCUAUAUCGAUAGAGGUGAAUAUGGCUUUACUGAGUCUAAAAAAAAGAAUUGGUCUUCAAUGACCGAAUUUGCAUUAUUUUUACAAGAGCUGUUAAUUUAGUAAUUGUCAAACACUUUUGUUUGAAACUUUGAAUUUUUUUUUUUUUUUUAAAUGGUCUCAUUUGUUUUUUGUUACUAUAGUAACAUGACAUCUUAGGUCUCAUGCUGAAAUACUUAUUGUGAAAGGUUUAGCAAUACGGACACACAAAUUGAUAAUGAAGGUCACAUUUGUAUGUAUAUGUAUCUAUAAUGUUGAUAUUUAGAUGGUUUUUUGGAUACAUUUAUUACAUUAUUAUAUUGUUGAUACUAAGGUUUCAUUUGUUUUUGCUGAUGAU